AAGAAGGUUCGAAGAUGCCCCGCGCGUUCCUGGUGAAGAAGCCGUGCGUCUCCACGUGCAAGAGGAACUGGAGCGAGCUCCCCGACGAGGAGCGCGGCGAGAUCUACGUGCCAGUCAGUCUGGGCUUUUGCCCACCACAGCCCUACCGGGAGCCAGAGCCGUCGGUGGCUGAGCCCCCGUCUUGCCCCAUGGUUUUGGACAUGAGCCUUCGGGACUCCAGCUAUGGUGUGGCCCCAGGGCCCUGCGUGGUAGCCCAGCUGCCCUCCGAAGACAUGAGUCGUUUGGCAGAGCCCCAGAGCAGAGACCACGGCUUUCUGCGCACCAAAAUGAAGGUGACCCUGGGGGACAGUCCCAGUGGAGACCUCUUCACCUGCCACAUCUGCCAGAAGGCCUUCACCUACCAGCGCAUGCUGAACCGCCACAUGAAGUGUCACAACGACGUCAAGAGGCACCUGUGCACCUACUGCGGGAAAGGCUUCAAUGACACGUUCGACCUGAAGAGGCAUGUCCGCACCCACACCGGUGUGCGGCCCUACAAAUGCAGCCUGUGCGACAAGGCCUUCACGCAGCGCUGCUCGCUGGAGUCCCAUCUCAAGAAGAUCCACGGCGUGCAACAGAAGUACGCGUACAAGGAGCGGCGGGCCAAGCUGUACGUGUGCGAGGAGUGUGGCUGCACGUCCGAGAGCCAGGAGGGCCACGUCCUGCACCUGAAGGAGCACCACCCCGACAGCCCGCUGCUGCGCAAGACCUCCAAGAAGGUGGCUGUAGCCCUGCAGAACACCGUCACCUCCCUGCUCCAGAGCAACCACCACCUCUGAGCGGCCCCGCCCGGCCCGGGUCGCCUGCCCGCUGCCCGGCAGUGACUGGGCCUAGAGCCCCCUGCGGCUCACAUGUCCACUCAGGCCUGGCGCUGAGCUCUGCUCAUGUUUGCGUUUUUGUCUGAGGGGCAGAGGCCACUCUGAGCCCGGACCAACGUGGGCGAGGCCCAGGGUGCCUUCCCCGUGAAGCAGCCCGCCUACAGUGAGAAGACUUCCUUCCCAGAGGACGGAUGGGGAUGCUCGGCGGCCAUGCUGCUCCGGAGCGCGGAGCAUGGGACCGGGGCCACAAGCUCCCCCCAGGGCAGCGGAGGGAAGAGCAGGGGCGGAGAGCAGCUGGGCAAAGCAAGGUGCUGGGGGAGCUGGCGCCCGCCUGCCCUGCAGUGUGCCUAAAGCUCAGGGCCAUGGGGGCCUUGGUCCUUCCCUCGGGGCGGUGCAUACUCUGUGCACAGCCACGGACGCUCCUGCACACACAGGAGGCCUUUCCACACAUCACCUCAUUUUUAGGAAACCGACAACAAGGUGCCAAGGAAGUUUUAUUUCCUUUUUUUUUUUUGACACAUGUACAGAUAUUAAUAUAUUUUUGGUGCCAAUGGUGGCUAUUUUUAAGAGAGGAUGGAGCUGGCUUUGUUCCCUCUCCAUGCAGUUCUAUUUAUCCUGGACAUUUCAUACCUCCUCUGUGCCUUGGCUCUGGGGGCAGGUGGGGGGCUUCCCCAAGCCACCCCCACCCCUUGUACCUCCCGAGAUAUCUCACCAAAGACCUUCCUCCAGUCCUGCCUGGGGGCUGCCCAUCUGCUGGGGUAACGCACUGUGUUGGCUACUCCCCCUCCCCCGGGGGCUCUGCUUCCCUCCUACAUCCUUUCAAGGCCUGCCUGGGGGUUACCUAGAGCCUGUUUGCCUCCUAAGAAUGGACCUUUUGUGGAACAACUCACCGU